AUGCUUUCCCGCUCAGUCAAGGCAGCAGCGCUGCUCCGACCCAGACGAGUGCCCAUAGCUGCCAUUAGAAGUUUGGGCACACCUUCAAACAACCCGCGACCAACACAGAAGGAGAAGGAGAAGGAUGAGGAUAAGGACGUUGGGAAACAGACCGACAAGCCUGCCAAACCAGAAUUGCCCAAGGCCCUCGAGGGAUUUUUCCAGCAAUAUCAGCAAUCACAACGGAGACAGCAACAGUCCCAGGAAUCGUCAGAGGAGCCUAGUCCCGAAAGACCAAAAAAUCGCCGAAACAAGAACGAAACUCCUCCUCCGAAUAACGGGUUUUCCAACAAUCAGCUGGCAUGGGUUGUUGCCUCAGCUACGGCCUAUCUCGCCUGGUCUAACUCAGGCGCCUCUCAUUCUCGGGAAAUUACAUGGCAGGAGUUCAGAACUGCGUUUUUGGACAAAGGUCUUGUCGACAGUCUAACGGUUGUCAACAAGCAUCAAGUUCGGGUCAAACUACACUCAAAUGCUACAGGAACAAUGCAGCCUCAUCCAAGUGGAGAGUACUACUUUUCGAUAGGAAGUGUUGAGGCAUUUGAACGCAAACUUGACGAAGCUCAGGUGGAACUUGGGAUCCCUCCCUCGGAACGCAUUCCUGUCUCCUACCAGGACGAAAUCUCAUCCGUUGGCGCCCUACUAAACUUUGCACCAACACUCCUUCUCAUUGGUGUCCUUUAUUGGAUAUCUAGACGUGGUUCCGGAAGUUCUGGAGGUGGAAUCUUCAGCAUUGGGAAGAGUCGUGCCAAAAUGUUUAAUAAGGACAACGAAGUGAAGACUAAAUUUAAAGACGUUGCAGGCAUGGACGAAGCUAAGGAAGAAAUUAUGGAGUUCGUCAAGUUCUUGAAAGAGCCUUCGAAGUACGAAAAGCUUGGAGCAAAAAUUCCUCGUGGCGCUAUUCUUUCAGGUCCUCCAGGAACUGGUAAAACCCUGCUUGCUAAAGCAACUGCUGGUGAAGCAUCAGUCCCUUUCCUAUCCGUUUCAGGCUCCGAAUUCGUCGAGAUGUUUGUCGGAGUGGGUUCCUCCCGCGUUCGUGACUUGUUUGCAUCAGCGAAGAAGAAUGCCCCUUGCAUCAUAUUCAUAGAUGAAAUUGAUGCUAUCGGUAAAGCAAGAGGGAAGGGUGGCUCAUUAGGCGGCAAUGACGAGCGAGAGUCGACUCUUAAUCAGCUUCUCGUCGAAAUGGAUGGAUUUGGUACCAACGAGCACAUCGUCGUUCUAGCCGGUACCAAUAGACCCGACGUUCUAGAUCCUGCUCUUAUGCGCCCAGGUCGCUUUGACAGACAUAUUGCCAUUGACAGACCAGAUGUAUCAGGCAGGAAGGGCAUCUAUUUGGUUCACCUUGGUCCUCUCCGCCUCGAUGACACAAUCAAGGCUGACAUUGGUUCAUUUGCUCAAAAGCUAGCUGUCCUGACGCCUGGUUUCUCUGGUGCUGAUAUUGCUAAUGUUUGCAAUGAAGCCGCUCUUCAUGCUGCCCGCAGGGGAUCCGACUAUGUUGACCCUAUCGAUUUUGACACUGCCAUUGAGAGAGUUAUUGUGGGAUUAGAGAAGAAAAGCCGGGUUCUUAGUCCUGAAGAGAAAAAAACCGUAGCAUACCACGAAGCUGGUCAUGCAAUUUGUGGUUGGUUCUUGGAGCAUGCUGAUCCCCUUCUCAAAGUCAGCAUUAUCCCAAGAGGAGUAGGUGCUCUUGGUUAUGCUCAAUAUCUUCCUCCAGACCGAUAUCUUCUAUCGACACCUCAGAUGAUGGACCGCAUCUGUAUGACAUUAGGUGGCCGAGUUUCGGAAGAAAUCUUUUUUGGUGCAGAGAAUAUCACAACUGGCGCUCAAGACGAUCUUCAGAAAAUCACUCGGAUGGCCUUCGAAGCCUGUGCAAACUAUGGCAUGAACACUGUCAUUGGGCCCGUCAGUUAUGGAGGCGAUCGUGCUGCCAAGGAAAGCUGGACGAAGCCCUUUAGCGAGAAAACUGCUGAAAUGCUCGACUUCGAGGUUCGUAAAAUGAUCACAGAAGCUUAUGAGAGAACACGAAACCUAUUAACGGAGCAUCGCGGUGAUGUGGAGAAAGUGGCUAAGCUUCUCCUUGAGAAGGAGGUAAUCACUCGUGAGGAUAUGAUUGACAUGCUCGGCAAACGACCUUUCGCCGGCCGAUCCGAUGACAUGGACAAAUGGCUAGACGAGAACCGAGGAAAGGUCGCGCCUCCUCCUCUGGAAUCCCCACCACCCAGUGAAGUUGACGAUCCUAUGCCUUCACCGGCACCCAUUUUCAAAGGUCUGGACGAUAAAUCAAUGCUCUAG